AUGAGUUCUACACUAUACAUGAUCGCCUUUAUUAGGCGUAGGCCUGAUCUUACAGAAGAACAAUUUUACAACCACUGGAGGAAUAUUCAUGCGCCCAAGAUUGCGUACUGGGCCAAGAAAAAUGGCAUCAUUGGGUACACGCAGGUAAGUCAUCUCAUCAAAGGGAUCACCAGUCAAAUAGCCCGUCUAACAUCAUUUAGAUUCACACCCCUAGAAAUGCCACUCCCCCUCACCAUCAUGGAACAUGACGGUGCCGUGAUAUGGGAGAUCCCGAGCUUGGAGCAUUAUAUAAAUGCUUUUAAAGAUCCUUACUAUGCCAGUGAUAUUGCGCCGGAUGAGGAUAACUUUCUUGAUAAGAGUAAAGAAGUGGCAACGAUAACAUUGGGCAAUUUUCACAACAUUGUCGCAGGGGCUAAACCUCUUAUCGAUUACAGUUUGGAGGAACCAUCGAAAACAGAGUAG